AGGUGGAUGCACACACCGUGCUCGUGCUUCUCGUUCCUCGCGUGUACUACAAGACGAGCAGAGCGCGCUAGAAAUUGACCCAUCACAGUUGCGUUGAUCCCUCUGUGGCGCCGUAGCUUGCUAGGUUGCUUCCUUUACUCGACAGCUUGAGCUGAAUCGUGUGGCACGGAGAGCGUCAUGGCGGAGGAGGCUAAGGCGCCGACCGAGGCAAUGGCGACGGUGGCGGAGGCAGCGCCGGUGACGGCCGAGCGGCCGGUCCGGGCAGACCUGGAGUCCCGCCUUCCAAAGCCAUACUUGGCUCGAGCUCUGGCUGCGCCCGAUGUGAACAAUCCUGAAGGGACCGAGGAGGGGCACGAGCACGGGCAGAAGAGCGUGCUGCAGCAGCAUGUCUCCUUCUUCGACCUCGAUGGCGAUGGGAUCGUCUAUCCUUGGGAGACUUACGGAGGAAUGCGGGCGCUGGGCUUCAACGUCAUCGUGUCGUUCAUACUGGGUAUUGCCAUAAAUGUUGGUCUAGGCUACCCAAGUCUACCGACCUGGAUACCAUCUCCACUAUUCCCCAUACAUAUCAAGAACAUUCACAAGGAUAAGCAUGGCAGCGAUUCCUCAACUUACGACACGGAGGGAAGGUUCAUGCCGGUAAAUUUUGAGAGCAUCUUCAGCAAGAACGCCCACACUGCGCCCGACAAGCUCACCUUGGGCGAGAUCUGGCGGAUGACCGAGGGCAACCGGCUGCAGUAUGACUUCUUCGGAUGGCUAGCAAGCAAGGGGGAGUGGAUAUUGUUGUAUGUGCUCGCCAAAGACGAGGAAGGGUUCCUUCCGAGGGAGGCUGUUCGCCGAUGCUUUGAUGGGAGCUUGUUCGAGUUCAUUGCCCAGCAAAGGAGGGAAGCACACGAGAAGCAGCAGUAGACUUCCACUCUGUUAUCCUGAUCCUGGAAUAUCUAGUUCAAAGGAUUUAGCUCAUGUGUAUGCCUGUGAAAUAAAAACAGAAACGAACGGUGCUUUUCUACUCA